AUGGCACCGCCGAAUCCACAUCGACCUUUCAUUCUGCACCUUUUCAAAGCAGGAGUCGCUCCGGUUGACAUCAGUGAACGGCUCGGAGUUCCAAGUAGAACCGUCUAUGACACGAUUUCUCGUUUCAAAAAGCUCAGCACGUUCUUGGAUAGGUGUGGGAAAGGAAGAAAAGCAACAGUCGUCACUCCAGAUCGGAUCAAAGCUGUGAAAGAGCGAACCAAAAGAAAUCCACUUCGGAGCAUCAAAAAGAUGGCGAAAGAUAUGAAAAUUAGUCGAAGUUCGAUGGAGAGGAUUGUCAAAGACAAGGUGAAGCUUACCUGUUAUCGUGUAAGAAAUGCAGUCAUUCUCUCGGAAGCUACAACUAAGAAACGGCUCGAAAGAUCAAGAGAGCUCUUUCAGCGCACGCGCACUAGUGAACAAUCGAUUACAGUGUUCUCUGACAAGAAGCUGUUCACGAUAUAGGCCGAAUUCAACCCUCAAAACCAUUGAUUACUUGCUAAGACGUCUGAUGAAGCUGUUGGUUACGGAAGGACCAUUCAUCAAGUCUCUCACCCCGCUAGUGGGAUGGUUUUCGGAGCAGUGUCUGCUGAUAGCAAAACACCAUUGCUAUUUGUCGAUCAAGGAGUCAAAAUCAACAAGGAAGUCUCCAUUUCGGAUAUUUUGGAAGAGACACUCCUUCCCUGGACUCAGAAGCACAUCAAUAGACGUCAAUGGGCGUUCCAACAAGACGGUGCUCCAUCACACACAGCCAAGUUGUCGCAACAGUGA